AUGUUGCUGCACAGAGGCGUGCCCUCUGACCCAGGGGUUGCAGUGCCUGUUCCCACCAACCUUGAGAUCCGAGACCAGGUGAACACCUUCCUGGCAGCGCUGCCGCUGGGGGUGACGAGAAAAGACGCUGAGCUGGAGGACUGCAUCGCAGCACACCUGCACGACCUGCUCAAUGCGCGCGCGGACACCCAGCUGAAGCUCAACCAAUGGGUGCACGUGGCGCUGGGCCUGCAGGAGGUGGUGGAGCGGCAGCACGCUGACCUGGCAAGCAUGCAUGACGCACAGCGCACACAGCAUGCCCACCGCUCCCAGCAGCCGCACCACCAGGGGCUGCCUGAUCAGGCAGGUGAUGGCCUCGGCUCCGCCUUGGCGGCGCAACACGCUGAGCUGGCGCAGCUGCGGGCUCAGAUGGCGUCCCUCCGACAAGACCUCCACGCGGCCGCCGUCGCGCCCAAACAGGGUUCGGCGCAGGGGGCGUUAGAGGAAGAGCUGCGGGCGCGCACCGCGGAGGUACAGUCAGCAAGGGAGGAGACAACGCGCCUCAGACGCGCCCUUGUCGACGCUGAGCUGGAGCUGCAGCGAAUCACCUCCCGCAAUCCGCCCAAACGCCGCGGCGAGCAGGACAGAGCACGGCUGGCUGCUGAGGCGUUGGCGGCGCAGCAUCAGGCGGCUUCGCUGCAGGAGUGCGCGCGGCGGCAGGCGGCGGAGAUCACGCAGCUUCGCGCGCAGCUUCAGGCCAAGCCGGCCGCAGCUGCCGGGAAGGGAGAGGGAUCGCCCCAGGACGGUGUCCGUGAGCUCACCGCAAAGCAGCAGGCUCUGGAGCGAGAGGUGCAGAGGCUCCAGGAACGGCUGCAAACCGCCGCCACAGAGCGCGAAGAGGCGCUGUCGGCAGCGCAGGCCGAGCGCCAGGCGCUGGCUCGGGCGGCCGAGGCGCUGCAGGCGCAGCAAGCAGAGACUGUCGCUGCGGAGAGAGCCCAGAAGGAAAUUCUGGCGCAGGAGUUCCAGGCUUUCAAGGAGGCGGCAGCAGCACAACAAGACGGCCCGAUCAGGCAGCUGGCGGCAGACAACGCCGCCGGAGACGAGGCCCGCUCCCUGCGCCACGAACUUGAACUCGAACGUCGCCACUGCUCCGUUUUGGAGGCAACCCUCACCGAGUCAAAGACCGCGCGCUGCAAUUUGGAGGACGGAUUAAAUGCUGCGAGGAGCCAGCUCGAGGAGAGAGUGACAGCCCUGGAGAGAGAGCACGAGGAGCUGGCUGCGGCGAAGAUCGGCGCAGAGGAGGAGUUUCAAGUUCGAAUUGAGCGAAAGAGGGAACGCGCGGCGGCGGAUGGGCGGCGGCUCGCUGAGCUGGCGUGCCAGGCGGACGAGCGCGCUGACGUCAUUGCUGACCUCACCGCCCGCCUGGCGGAUGCCGACGCGUCAUGGCAAGCGCACCACAGAGCCGCCAUCCUCGAUCUGCAGGCGGCGCACAGCGAGGAACUGGAGCGGCUGCAGGCGGAGCAUGCUCUGGAGCUCGCCAGUGUCGAAGCGGCGGCCGAGGCGGACCGGGAGCACGGCGCGGCCGUUGCCGCGGCGCUGCGCUGCGCACGCUUUGAGCAUAGCGGCAAUUCGGCGGCAGCCUCAGACGAAGACUGUGCGGAGGAGAGCAGCCCGCUUGGCUUUGAUGGAGAUUGUGACUCAGCGGCAAGCCUUGAGAUGGCGUCUCAGAGGGCAAUAGAAGCCGCAGCUCCCAAGGAUGACGGCAGGAUCGGGGCUGCGUCUGCAGCAGGGGACGGGGGCCAGCCAUUGUUGGAGCAGAUGGAUGGGUUGACUCAGAAUGGCAAGGGCGGGGUGUCUCCCGGACAGUGGCUUUUCGCCGUGCUUGCGGCGACGGCGUUGACAUCAGCGUGGCCGCUGCUGACGUCAGCGCAGCCGCCGCCGACAUCAGCAGAGCCAGGGCAGCCGCCGCACGGGCCGUCUUUGUCCCGCGGCGGUGUCAAACACACAUCUCCGGCUGAUGCAGUCUGCCGCGUCAGCCUCGGAGGAGCGGCCGGCCCGGCAGCGACGGCGGUGACUACCCAGGAGGCGCUAGCGGCGGAAGGGAUCGACGCCGCAGACGAUGCCACCGCGCCAGAUCAGGCCGCAGACCCAGGAAGCUCCAAUGCUGCAGUUGCCGACAAAGCAGGCUCAGGAAGGGCAGCAGCAGAUGCUGCUCCUAAGCUGCUGCAGACUGCGCAAGCCUGUCAGAAGCUGCAGGCUGAGCUGGCAGUGGAGAGGGAAUGCGCCAGGACGGCUCUGGCAGAACUCCAAGAGCAGCAUCAAGCCGAGCUGGCUGCGGUGCGGCAGCAGUGCGCGGCUGAUGUGGUGGCAGCGGAAGCGCAACUUGACAGCGCAUUGCAAGAGCUGCGAGAGCAGCUGAAGCACGAGCAAGCUGCCAAGCUGGCCGCCUUGCAGCGGCAGCAAGAAGGCGAGCUUACAGAGCUGCAGACUCGCCUGGAAGAAAUGCACCAGCAAGAGGUGGAGGGACUGCAGGAAACGCACCAGAAGGAUCUGGCAGAUGUGCUGGAGGGGCUAGAGGCUGAGAAGGAUGCAGCACUGGAGGAGCUGCAGAGCAAGAUCGAGGCUGACCUGGCUGCACAGCACGACUGGCUCAGCAGCGAGCAUGCAGCAGAGCUUGCUGCCUUGGAGCAGCAGCAUAGGGAGGUAGGAGCAGCGGUGAGAAAUGAGCUGGCGAUUGGUCAUGCAGCUGAGCUGGCGGCUGCGCUGGAGGGAACGGCAGACAGACAGGCCGCUGAGCUGGCGGCGAUGACAGCGCAGCACGACAGCGCGCUGAGUCAGCUGCGGGUGGAUCUGGAGAGCCGGCAAGAAGAAGAAUUUGCCGCGCUCAGAGAACAGCACGCCAUGGAUCUGGCAGAGAUGGAGAGGCGGCUUGGGGCGGAGGUGGCUGCACUGAGGAAGCAGCAUGAGAGCGCCUUGGCAGAGCUCAGCGCAGGCUUCCAGAGCCAGCACGAGGCAGAGUUGGCUGCCCUGAUAUCCGAGCACGAGAGCGCGGUUGCACGGGUCAAGACAGGCCUGCAGGCCAGCUACAAAGCAGACAGUAAGGUCAGAAGGGAGCAAGAGGAGCUCCGGCUGGCAGCGCUCGUGGGAGAUCUGCAGGGCAGGCAUCAGUCUGAGCUGGCUGCACUGCGGCACCAGCUGGGAAGCUGCCACGAAGCCGACCUUCUUGCGGUGCUGGCAAAGCAGUUUGAGGCAGGUGCGGCAAGUGACGCGAGGCAUGCCGCAGAUCUGCGCGCUGCAGAGGCGCGGUUGCGCGCGCAGCUGGAAGCUGAGCUGGCGGAUCUCAGGGAACGCCUGCUGACUGCGCAGCGCGAGGCGGCAGCUGCCGCGCAGCCGCUGGCAGCGCCGGCUGCCGCGGCCGAGCACCCAGCGCUGGACGCAGCUGCACAAAUUGAUCCUGGCGAGGAUCACAGCCGACAAGUGGAAAGCAUGGCAGCCGAGCAUGCUGCAGCACUCGCACAGCUUCAGGAGGAGCUGAACUGUGAGCACAGCCGGGCAGUUGACCGGAUGGCUUCCCAGCAUGCGGCAGAGCUUUGCCAGCUCCGACAAGAGCUUCAGGAAGAGCAUGCUUGUGCCAUUGAGAGCAGGGCUGCCGAGUAUGCAGCAGCGAUGGCGGAGGUUCAGGAACAGCUCAAACCAGAGCAUGCUGGACCCGUCAACGGCAAGGCAGCCACUGCGCAGGUUCUGGAGCAACUUCAGAAGGAGCAUGCGCGAGCAAUCGAGAGCAUGGCGGCCGGGCAUGCGGCAGCAACCGCACAGCUGCGGCAAGAGCUCGAAAAAGAGCACGCGGCGGCGAUCGCCCAGCUCAGGCAGGAGCUUGAAAAAGAGCUUCCUGCAGUUGCUGACAGAACCGGUGCGGACCAUGCAUCACAGCUUGCAGAGCUUCAAUAUGAGCUUGAAAGAAAGCACGCAGCGGCGGUGGCGCAGCUCAGGCAGGAGCUUGAAGAGGAGCAGGGCCGGGCGGAGAUGCAGAACGCUGUGAUGGAGGACCUUGUGGCCAGCGUGCGCGCCAACUGCGAGGAGCACGUGCAGCGUUACAAGGCAAAGCUGAAGGAAGCCGAGGAAUCCCUGCAUGCUUGCCAGCAGCGGCUGGAGCAAAUGGAAAUGCAGCAACCACAGGAUCAGCAACCAGAGCAGCAGCAGCAGCCUGAGACACAGGAAGAAUUUGUGAUCAGGCGGAGGGACUCCUUUGGCAGUGGCAGGACGCCCCUCAACAGGGCGUGGCAGACCGAGCGCAAGCCGAGCCUGCGCCACGCAAUGGCGCAGCUGGAGGCUGACAACGCCGACCUCCUCGCCCGCUGCCGCGCCGCCGAAGCAUCGGCCACCGCCGAAUCGCGCGCGUCCGACGACCUCCGCCGCGAGAACCUCGAGCUCGCCGCCGAGCUCGCCGAGGCCGGCGCGGCCGGCCGCGCCGCCGCGGACGCGAGCCGGGAGCUCAGAGAUCGGCUGGACGCUCUGCAGCUGCACGGCUCCGCGUCUGCUCUGGUAGAGCUGCAGCAGUCGCCCGAUCCGGCGAAGCUUCAGUUGCGCGGCUCUGCGGCAGCAGUCGACCUGCUGCUGAUGUCAGCAGGCCUGAUCAAGCAAGCCAGCACGGCAGACGCUGAUGUGGCACAGUCGCCAGAUCAGGCGGCGUCGCCGCGGCGCCUGAUCGGGCAACCUGAUGCAGCGGAGCCUGAACUGGCGGAUGAGCCAUCGCCGCCGAUCAGUCACCCCAGCUCGGAGCCUGAUCUGGCGCCAGUCGAGGCUGCGGCAGAGGAAGCCGGCGAGGGAGCAGCUAGUCAGGAGGCGCCAGAGAUCGUCAGAUCUGGCUCGCCAGACUUGCGCAGGCUGCACUGCACUGGGACAGAGAGUCAGGGCUCAGCAGGCGGAGAUGCAUUGACUCUGGAUCAGGAAGAGGGAGACAGUAGCAGCGGCAGGCAGGCACUGGAAGAGGCGGUGCAGGAGUUGACAGCGCGCUGCAAAGCGCUGGAGGCCGAGAACCUUCGCUUGCAAGACCAGGUGGGUGGUGCUCUGGGAGAGGAGCUGGCGGAGUUGCAGGGCGCCUGCCUCUCACUGCGCCAGAGCAACCAGGAUCUGGCGUCGCAGCUGGCGGCAGCGGCGGGAGGGCGCGCAGCGGGAGACGCGCUUUCGGCCGAUGACAACGCCACGCUUCGUCAGACGCUCGCUGACAUGGAGGCCCAGCUGGCGGCGGCGGCGGCCGAGGCCGAGAGACUGCACGAUGAGAAUUUCGAGCUGUCUCUGGCCGCCGCGGAUAACAAAUUUGAAGUGCAGGAGCUCACCGAGGCUCUGGAGGAGCGGGACGCAGUUGAGGCUGAUCUAAGAGCGCACAUAGCGGACCUGUAUGCUCUGGAAGCGGCCCGCGGAGACGCUGCGGCCGGCGCAUCGGACCUGCCCAAGCUGGUGUCAGCGCAGCUUCGCAUCGAGACCCUGGAGGCACAGCUGCGCAAGAUUGCUGAUGCAGAACAGGCGCAGCAGGACAGCACAGCGGUUUGCUCCCGCUGCGGCGAGGCGCUCCUGGUCAGUGCUGACUCACCGGGCCAGGAGACGCCUGAUCAGGCCGCGGCGGCCCAUGCACCAAACUUCUGCGAAGAACCCAGCAGCAGCAAACCCUUAAAUGCAGAUGCAGAGAAUGCAGCGGUGGCUUUGGAAGGGAACGCUGUUGUAGAAGCGCUGGCAGCGGCGCAUGCUGCUGAGGUGGCGUCCAUGCAGGAGGCGUUCCAUGCACGCACACAAGCGCUGGAGGAAGACCUGCAUGCCAAGGAAGAGCUCUUAGAGCAGCAGCAAGAGGCGUUGGAGGCUGCGGCGGAGCAGCUUGCAGCGAGGCAGGAUGCGCUGCUGGAUUGCCAGGACAUGGUUGGCGAGCUGCAGGCCUUCUCAGAGGCACAGCAGGCGCAGCUGCACUUCCUGCAGCAGCAGCUGCAGGCGGCUCAAGGCCAGGCAGAGCAGGCGCGGGCAGGGGCCAUGGAAGCUGAGGAGCAGCUAAGCGCACAGCAGCGGCGGGCGGAGGAAGCCGCACGGCAGCUGGCGGAAGCCGAGCGGCACCUGGCGGAGGCUGCACGGAAGCUGGAGAUGCGGGAGGGAACGCUGCAGGAGCUCACCCUGGAGAACCAGCGCCUGCAGCUGGAGCUGAGUGAGAGGCGGGGUCAGCUGCGCGCGUCUAGGGCGGCGUGCGUCGAGACUCGCGCGCGAGUUGAAUCCCUUGCCGCCCGCCUGGCAUCCGCCCACGACGCAAAACUCGUCGGCAUGAUCUGGCAAAACCCCCAGGGCAACUCUCUGAGCGCGACAGGAUCUGGCUCGAUAGUGAAAGCACUGCAGGCGGCGCCAUUGAGCCGGGAGAUGGUCGUGCGCGUUCCCUCCCGCCCCGCCUCACCAGCCGCCGCCAGCCGCGGCGCCAGCGCUGACAUCGGCGCUGGCGGCGCCGACAUCAGCAUAGACGAGGUGCAGGCAAAGGCAUAUGCGGGCAACGAGGCAGGCAGCCCGGCAGCAGGUGACCCGGGCCAUCCGGCUGCGGACGCUGCAAAGUGCACACCGCUGCUGGCAGGCCGCUCUGAGGAGGUGACCAGGGGAAUCGCCACGGAGGGCACGGCUGGAUUUGACUGGGGGUCAGACCAGGAGAAUGAAGGGGAUGACCAGGAGAUCUACAGCCUUGGGGUCACCAACCGCCGGCGCAGGAAUGUUGCCCGGAGGCUGGAGCCUGGGCAGGCCUUAGCAGAGACACCGGGUUUGGAUCAGUCAUCGGCGCAGCUCGGGGGCGUUCCUGACGCGUGCACUCCAUGCAAACCGCCAUUUGGAUCACUUCACCACAAUGCGCUCUUUGGCGACACCGGCUCUUCUGGAAGUCCUGAUUCCUGCUCCUGGGCUGCCUGGCGAUCCCAGGUUGCAGAGACGCCGACGCCGCUGAGAAGCUGCGAAAACCCGGUGCGCGACAGCGGCAGCAGCCCGUUACGGGGCGACCGGAGCAGCCCGUUCCGGUCUCGCAAAUCAGUACGAGCCGGCUGCGGCAGCCAUCUGCGUAGCAGCGGCGGGAGCCCGUUACGGAGCGAGAACCCGCUGCGGGACAGCGGCGGAAGCCCGUUACGGACCCGAGACCUUCCGCGGCGCAGCAAGAGCGGCCCCGUAGCGGGGGGCGGCGCGCCCGUAUCGAGCGUCGUGGCUGCCCAGCGUUCCCUCUUUUUGUCUCCCCCUCCAGCGCUGCCAAGUCCCCCGGAGGGUAUCCGAGAUAUCGCUGGCCGAUGGCACGGCACACCGCCACCUCAGUGGGGCGCCGCCUGACAUGAAUUUUUACAUUUGUUUCCCGCAUGAGAAUAUGCGCAUUUGAGACGUCGGGUUCACCGCAGAGGCUCCUCAGCUGUGACAGAUCUGUGGCAGGUGUAGGGAUUAAUAUUGACAUGACUUGUACAGUGUUGGCGUGCUGUAGCUGCGGUGCUAUGGCGGUGUCUUUGAAGAGGUGUUGGUGCUGCUCAUGAGGGCAGUUUUGUUGUUGCUGUAUGAGGUGUAAUAAUUUGCUGCC